AUGAAUUAACCUUAUUAUGAUAUAUUAUCAUACUUAAAACAAAAAGAUCCAACCAUCAGAAAUCAACUCAUUCCUAUUAGAGUUGAUUAUGAUGAAUAUUAAGAACAAAUCAUCAGAUAUUUUAAAAGUAUUUUUGAAUAAACAUCAAAUCUCACCUCGGAUUAACAAUUAGAAAUUGAAAUAAAGUUGGGCACCUUUUUAUCUAAAGAAGAAAAGUAUAAAGAAAUGAUUGAUAAUUUCAGGUAUUAAAACAUGUAAUCCUUUUAGAUUUGCAUCCAAAUAUCAUCAUUUAUUGAUAACACAAUAAUCCCAAAAUUAUACAUUUUAACCUAAUUUUGUUCUUUAUCAUUAAGAUAAAUUUGAUACGAAUUCUUUAUCAUUUAGCUUUAUUAAUUUGACUUAAUAUUUUAGAAAUUUAGAAAAAAAUGAUGAGAUCUCAUCAAAAAUAUAUAAUAUGUAUAUUGAUCCAGAGAAAAAUGCACCAUCUUUAAAAUAAUAAUAUGGUUUACGAUUGGAUUUACUUUUAUAAAAUAGUCAAAGAGUUUCUAUAUAUCUGAAUGGCAAAAAAGCUAUAAUUCAAAAAAAAAGACUUGAAAAUUUAGACAUAAUGAAAGAUUAUAUUCAAUAUCGAUUAUCUUCAAAUAUUGAAAAUAAUUUUAAUAUACCAAUAGAUUUCGAUAAUUUUAUUGACAGAAACAAAUUUAGAUCUAUAAGAUUUAAAUAAUAUUAAAUAAUCUAAUAUCAAUUUUUAGAAAUUAGUCUUAGUAGAGUUUUAACAGUUGAUCAUUAGAAUUUUUCAUAAUUAAAAGAUUAAUUUAAAGCUGAUGGAUAAAUAUAAUGGAAUAAACUAUUGUAUCAUUUACUAUUUAAAUUAUAUGAUGUAAAUCCAGAAUUUAAAUAUCCAACAAUGAGAGACAAUAUAAUAAAUAAUGUGAGGAGAUGUGAGAUUGAAUUUGAAAUUCAUGAUAUUAAUUUCUUCCGAUAAAAUUUAACUGCUUUUGCUAGAAUGUAAAGGAAUGUAGAUUCAUUUUUCUAUUGUGAUACUAUUUCAGCAGAUAUUUUAUAUAAUCAAAUAUAAAAAAUACAUCCAAAGGCAGAUAGAAGGAAACAUUGUACACCACUAAUUGGAAACUACCUACAAACAGUUUAUAGAGUUGCCAACAAAUAUAUGUGA